CAACUCAGUUUUCAGACCAAGCAGUAGUAUUCCAGAGUCUUCUAUCGAAGACCAUUGGUUGCCUAAUUGGUCAAGAUCAUGGAACCCUGCAAGCCCUUUCUUUCAGUUCUUGUAGUACUCAUUUCACUGCUAAUUUCAGUUAAUGGGCAGAUUAGUACACCAUGCACAGCCUCAAAGCUUAGCACCUUAACUCCAUGCUUGAAUUAUAUAACUGGGAGUACCAACAAUGGCUCAUCGCCAACAGGGGACUGUUGCUAUGCCCUAAAGACCAGCAUGGACUGCGCUUGCCUUUUAGUAACCGCCAAUGUUCCAAUCCAACUGCCCAUUAACAGAACCCUUGCUCUCUCUCUUCCUAAAGCAUGUAAAAUGGGGAGUGUGCCACUACAAUGCAAAGCUUCUGCUACUCCUUUAGCUGCCCCAGGUCCUUCCUUACUAGGACCAACUAUUUCCCCCACAGCUGCUGAUUCUCCUUUAAGUCCAAGAGCAGCUUCUAAAGCAGUAGCAACAGGUCCUGCACCACAAUCUGAAGCAGAAUCUCCAUCAGUUGAACCUGAAGCUCCGACAACUGCGAUCAAUCGACCACUGCUGACACCAACUGCAGCCUCUAGUCUAUCUUUUGUUUCUCCACAACCUCUGCUACUCAUAGUUUUAGGAAUCAUGGUUUAUAAAUCCUACUAGCUAAUGAAUGCAUGCCAGCCAGCUAGGAGCUACCUUAACCUCUCUGUUCCUUUCUGCAAUGUUAAAAUAUAUACCACAUUCAAAUCUUGUCACAAGUGUUUUAACUAAGAUGUUCUGACGUUGAAGGAUUGAGUCGGAUCCAUCCAUGAGAUUUUGAAAACCCCGUACGGAAUUCUAGAAUAAACCUCUUGGGUUCUUCUUAGUCAAUCUUUUGUAUGAAGUAAAAUUUCUUUGUAUGUUAUAUUGGUCCCGAUUGCAUCCAAUAUAGAGCAUGAUCUUUGGACUUAAAAUGAAUUCUUAUAUGUAAAAUUCGCAUAACAUACAUGGACUAAAAAUUUGGACGCCUUUUUGCUGUAGUACACCUUGCAUUCCCUUUUGUGCCGGCCCUGAUUUUCAUUAAUAAAUCUUCACGAUUGGCCAUUUUGGAUAUCAAGUCUGGCUUGACGCCUUGACGAUGUAACACCUCUUUGGUGUCAGUGAAACAUCUGUCAUUUCCCAAGAAAAGAAAAUGCCUAGCUUGGAUGCAAAGAAAGUGAGGCAAAGGACCAUUUCUUGGUGCGUUUUUAGAAGGCAUUUGGACAAAGUAAACCACUUGUAAAUAGUUCCACAUGUAUAGGUAUGUGCUGUCUAAAAUAAGCUGCAAUACCUCCCUAUAAAUAUACCUUCCUCCCACAAGUAACAAACAAAGACAGAAACAACAGAGGAAACAAGCAAAAAGAUAACAAGACCAAUAUGGCGAAGAAGCUUCUUGCAGUGUUUUUGACGUUGGUGGUGGUUGUUGCAGUACACACUUGGAAGGCUGAGGCUGCUGACAAAAAAGGGAAAAAUUUCAAGGCAUGCGAAGCCGCCUGUUUGAAAGAUUGUGAAGCCGAAGAUGGCGUCGGCCGCAUCACCAACUCUGAGUGUAAGAUGAAGUGUGUCGGUCAAUGUGAACAAGAAAAGACUAGAGGCUAGCUGAACGCUAUCAAAACUUGGACAAUGGCUGAGGAAGAGCUAUGAGAAAUUCAUCAAGCACUUAAAUAAUAUGCAUUAAAUUUCUGUUUUUGUGGUGGAGGUUUCAUGUAGAAAUCUUGCUGCAUACUCCUACCUGUUUGAUCAAUUCACAUGUAAUAAACAAUUUGUUGUCUUUUUAUUUUUAAUUUGGUUGAAAA